AUGGAAGCGCGGAUCCCGCUGUCUUCCCGAGCCAGCGCAUUCAGCAUCGCCUCUCUGGUUGCAGCAAAGGCCUCUGAGAACUUCACUCGCCUGGGUCCCGGGUCUUCCGACCCGGUGAAGCUUCACGGGCUGCUGGGAUCCCGGGCCGGGAUGCACUUCAGCACUGUCACCAGGGACAUGGAAGCGCCACCGCCUCACGCCUAUCCGUUCGCGCCGGCCGCCGGGGCCACCACUAGCACCGCGGCGGAACCCGAGGGCCCCGGGGCUAGUUGCGCGGCCGCAGCCAAGGCGCCGGUGAAGAAGAACGCGAAGGUGGCCAGCGUGAGCGUGCAGCUGGAGAUGAAGGCGCUGUGGGACGAGUUCAAUCAGCUGGGCACCGAGAUGAUCGUCACCAAGGCCGGCAGGCGUAUGUUCCCCACGUUCCAAGUGAAGCUCUUUGGCAUGGACCCAAUGGCCGACUACAUGCUCCUCAUGGACUUCGUACCUGUGGAUGACAAGCGCUACCGGUACGCUUUCCACAGCUCCUCCUGGCUGGUGGCUGGGAAGGCUGAUCCUGCCACGCCGGGCCGAGUCCACUACCAUCCGGACUCCCCCGCUAAGGGCGCACAGUGGAUGAAGCAAAUUGUAUCCUUUGACAAGCUCAAGCUGACUAACAACCUGCUGGACGACAACGGCCACAUUAUUCUCAACUCCAUGCACAGAUACCAGCCUCGCUUCCACGUUGUCUAUGUGGACCCACGCAAAGAUAGUGAGAAAUACGCAGAGGAGAACUUCAAAACCUUUGUGUUUGAGGAGACACGGUUCACGGCAGUCACUGCCUACCAGAACCACCGGAUUACACAGCUCAAGAUUGCCAGUAACCCUUUUGCCAAAGGGUUUCGAGAUUGCGAUCCUGAGGACUGGCCCCGGAACCACCGGCCCGGUGCGCUGCCGCUCAUGAGCGCCUUUGCGCGCUCGCGGAACCCUGUGGCCACCCCCACGCAGCCCAACGGCGUGGAGAAAGACGCGGCCGAGGCCCGGAGAGAAUUCGAGCGAGACGCGGGAGGGCCGGCUGUGCUCGGGGACCCGCCGCAUCCGCCUCAGCUUCUGGCGCGAGUGCUGAGCCCCGCACUACCUGGGGCCGGCAGUGCCGGCGGCCUAGUCCCGCUGCCGGGUGCCCCGGGAAGCCGGCCCAGUCCCCCGCACCCUGAGCUGCGCCUGGAGGCGUCCAGCGCGUCCGAGCCGCUGCAUCACCACCCCUACAAGUACCCGGCCGCCGCCUACGACCAUUACCUCGGGGCCAAGAGCCGGCCGGCGCCCUACCCGCUGCCCGGCCUACGUGGCCACGGCUACCACCCGCACGCGCAUCCGCACCCGCACCACCACCACCCUGCCGUCAGCCCGGCCGCCGCCGCCGCAGCAGCCGCCGCGCCCGCGGCGGCAGCGGCCGCGGCCGCCAAUAUGUACUCGUCGGCUGGAGCUGCACCACCCGGCUCCUACGACUACUGCCCAAGAUAAUGAGGGCCGGCCGCUGCCUCCCCCGGGUCCCCGCAGGCGCCCCCGCAUAUUCCCGAGGGCCAUCACGGUUCCAGUCCAGCCAGCCCCAAGGGCUGUCGACGAACAGCCCCCGCCCCGGGGGCCGCCGUGGGUUCCCGUUCCCGAUCCUCGAAGCCUUCGGAGUCCUGCACUCUCCAGCCCCGAGGGCUGUCGAAGUAUCCGGUUCCCCACCGAACCACUGCGGGGUCCGGCCCUGAGGGCCAGGGGAUCCUCCCGCCAGUGCCAAAACGCCCGGUCGGCGGUCAGCGGCAGAAGGAAAUGAUAUUUAUUGUUCUCCGCGAGACCGCAUUCCCCCAACCCCUGCCGAGCCGGCAGUUGCAGUGUAGACGACCUAAGAGCCUAGUCUGCAGGCGGUGUAGAUACGUGUAGAUAUGUGUAGAUACUGUAGAUACCGCGCCGCGCCGACUUGAUAAAUGGU